AUGUCAGCAAACCCUCCUCGAAUCCUGAUUAUAGGGGCUGGCUCCCGAGGCAAUGCGUAUGCGCGGGCUACAGGCGAGUCAUCAAACGGUAUUGUUGUGGCCGUGGCCGAGCCAAUCGCAUACAAGAGACAACGGCUCGGAUCGAAGUACAUAUGGGGGAAGGCUGGGCCAUCCGAGGGCCAGGAGUUCGAGGACUGGAAACAUUUCCUGGCAUGGGAGCAAGAGAGACGGGCUAAAGCCUCGAGGGGCGAGGUCGUGCCGGAAGGGGUUGAUGCUGUGUUUAUUUGCGUGCUCGAUGAAAUGCACAAGGAGGUCAUUGUUGGACUCGCCCCGCUGGGUUUGCAUACCAUGUGCGAGAAGCCAUUGACUACAAGCUUGGAUGAUUGUAUCUCAAUAUAUAGGGCGCUGCUUCCAGAUCUUCCCCAUACGACUGCUCCGUCAAAGAUCUUCUCCAUUGGCCACGUCCUGAGAUAUAGCCAACACAAUAUAGUCCUUAGGAAGCUGUUGCUGGAAGAACAAGUUAUUGGAGAGGUCCUCUCUGUCAACCAUACGGAACCAGUUGGAUGGUGGCACUUUGCACACAGCUAUGUCAGGGGAAACUGGCGCAAAGAAUCCACCACCGCGCCCUCCCUCCUCACCAAAUCAUGCCACGACAUCGACCUCCUCCUGUGGUUACUCUCCUCACCACCACCAAACUCCAACAAGCCGCCUCAUAUCCCCGUGACCGUGAGCUCCUCCGGCUCUCUCCAAUUCUUUAAUAAGACCCGGAAACCAACCGCUGCCGGAAAUGCCACAAACUGUCUUUCCUGCCCCAUUGAAGAGUCUUGUCAGUAUUCUGCCAAAAAGAUAUAUGUCGGCAAGGAUCUCAAGGGUCUCGGCUCAGGAAACACAAACUGGCCCGUCGACAUUGUCCUGCCCGAAAUCGAAGAGUGCAUUUCCCAGGGAGGUCCGGCCGGCGGUGAACGCGCCCUCCUCUCCAAACUCUCCGAGGACUACACAAGCACGACGCCAGCCUCCGAAGUCUCGGCCCGGAACUGGUACGGCCGCUGCGUCUGGGAGGCCGACAACGAUGUCUGCGACAACCAAGUGGUGACGAUGACCUGGGACAACGACCCGCUCCCAAGCACCAGCGACGACCCCGAGCAAGCGCUCGCUGGCCGCGGUGCCAAAACCGCCGUCUUCCACAUGGUCGCGCACACCAAGAAGAUCUGCGACCGCUACACGCACAUCUACGGCUCGCGCGGCGAGAUCUACGCCGACGGCGAGACCAUCACGGUGCAAGACUUCACGACCGGCACCCGCAAGGUGUACCGGCCGCACGUCGCAGGCGGCGGUCACGGCGGCGGCGAUGACGGGCUGGCGCGCCAGUUCAUCCUCGCGGUCGACAGGGUCAAGAACCAUGGGGCGCGCGUGACCGACGCGCAGGAGGAGUUCGUCGGCUGCACGCUCGAAGAUGUCAUCCGGAGCCACGCGCUUGUGUUUGCGGCUGAGGAGGCGCGCAGAGACCGGAAGGUCCUGGAUUUCCCGGAGUGGUGGGAGCGUGUGGUGCAGGGUGGUUUGAGGGGGGAGAGGACGGUUUGA